CCGUGGCGAGCUUCACAUAUCGCUGCUUUUAAUUCUAGGCACAUUCGCUGAGAAAUUUACCAGCCAUCAUCUUUUCUCCUUCAGCGGGGUCGACGCUCUUCCCGAUUUAUUUUACCUUCUUUAACUGUACAGUUUUGUACAAAAGCUUCGUAUGUCUUUUGAAAAUAUACAAUUGUGCAUUUGUUUUCCCUGAUGAUAUGGAUUAAUUUGUCGAUGCCUGCAGAAAUUGCCUGGAUAUAAUUGUUCCACCUGACCAUGCAGAAAAUCCCGGGGAUAACGACACACUGCAAGGAUUAGUGUAGUUUAUAAAGAUCACUGGAUUUUUUGUAUAUAGAUCAUAUUUUUUAUACCGGAAUCGCUUUGUUACUCUUAGCAGGUUUUUCUAAGAAAAGGAACAGGGAAGAAAGGAAAGAAGAAGGAAACCCUCAAGCAGAGCCAUGUCCUUCAGGAGGGGUGUUGUCAGGCAGAGUAAGUUCAGGCAUGUGUUUGCCCAGGCUUGGAAGGCUGAGCAUUGCCUCGAUGAUGUCAGAGUAUCGCGCGUGACAUGGGACGGUCCGCUGUGCGCUGCCAAUCCGAAGCUCAUUGCUGUUGUCAUUGAGGCCGGAGGAGGCGGAGCCUUUCUUGUGUUACCGCUCGCCAAGAGCGGUCGAGUGGACCAGAACACCCCGACCGUGUGCGGUCAUGCCGCUCCGGUGCUGGAUGUGCAGUGGUGUCCACAUGAUGACAAUGUUAUUGCCAGUGCCUCAGAGGACUGCACUGUCAAGAUUUGGCAGAUUCCUGACGGAGGUCUGACAUCUCCCAUGUCUGAAGCUGUUGUGACUCUCGAGGGCCACAGUAAAAGAGUGGGCAUCCUGGCCUGGCACCCUUCUGCUCUGAAUAUCCUAUUGACUGCAGGAUGUGAUAAUGUCCUGUGUGUGUGGGAUGUGGGCACCGGGGAGCUGGUGUACCAGCUGAGUGACGCCCAUCCAGACCUGAUAUACAGCGUGAGCUGGAACCGCGAGGGCAACGUCCUGUGCACCACCUGUAAAGACAAAGCCUUACGAGUCAUUGAUCCCAGGCGUGGAACAGUCCUUAAGGUGCGGGAGAAGGCUCAUGAGGGCACCAGGCCGAUGAGGGCCGUGUUUCUGGCUGAUGGGAAAAUCCUGACAACCGGCUUCAGUCGCAUGAGCGAGAGACAGCUCGCCCUCUGGGACACGAGGGAUCUUUCUGAGCCAAUGGUUACUCAGGAAAUAGACACCAGUAACGGAGUUCUGCUUCCAUUCUAUGACCCAGACACCAACAUGGUUUACUUGUGCGGCAAGGGGGAUUGUACUAUUCGUUACUUUGAGGUGACAGAUGAGUCCCCGUAUGUUCAUUUCCUGAGUCUGUACAGCAGUAAGGAGCCGCAGAGAGGUGCUGGUUUCCUAAGCAAACGAGGAGUAGAUGUCAACAAGUGUGAAAUAGCAAGGUUCUACAAACUGCAUGAGAGGAAGGUUGAGCCCAUAUCUAUGACUGUGCCGCGCAAGUCCGACCUAUUUCAAGGGGAUCUGUACCCAGAUACAGCGGGAUUAGAACCCGCUCUACUGGCAGAAGAUUGGAUAGCAGGACAGGACGCUCCUCCAAUCCUUGUUUCCCUGAGUGGAGGCUACACGGCCCCUCCAUCCAAAUGUGGCACGCUCCGGGGUCGACCCAAACUGCUCUCUCAGACCAACACUAGUCCCACCAGCACCACUGCGCCAGCAAACCCUAUGGCAGUUGAGAUGGAGAGAGAGGGGUUGGGCCAUGGACAAGGAAGAAGGGAUGUAGAUGGAGGCAUAGAGAGAGUAAAGAAAGAGGAGGACCAAGUUUCUGAUAUCCUGACAGAGAUUCGGGCGUUGCGUGCUCUGGUUCUGGCUCAGGGUCACAGGAUCGACGUCCUGGAAAGGCAGCUCGCCCGUAUUGAGGAUGGAGAAGUGUGAAGGAAACUACAAACAUAUCACAACACAUAGCCUUACCCAGAUUCAGAAAGCUUCACUGAAGGGUUAUGGGAAAUGUAGUUCCAUUACUGUGGCGCAGAGAUACAAAGACACAAUUGAGCUUUGAGUUUUGAGCUUUAUCGGUACACUUUGGGAUUUAAUGCACUGAUAUUAAUAUUCUAAAUGCUGCUCAUUUUGUGCUUUUAAUAGGGCUGUUACAUCAGGUACUUACUACUGCUAACUACAGACUUUGAAGUCUGAAUUUGGUUGGGUCAAUAUUUGCAUAAUCAUGCAAACUUUAAAUGAAAAGCAGACUUGAUAAUCUCUUGUAGCCUAGCCUCAGCAUUUAGAAAUGCUUCUACUUAAUGAAAGUAGUUUGAAUCUUGAAACCUUCAGGAAAUGUAAUGAUCCAACAUGCUGAACUGAUUGCUUUCUUUCACUAAAGCUCGAUGGUGUUAAUCAACAUGCGUACAUUGACCAGCACUGUUCUUGUGUUUAGCUGCCCUCAACAGCUCCUCUCUUCCAUUUGUAUGUCUUAACACACGUAGCAUUGAUUUUGGAUGUUGUUAAAGUUUAAUUAUGUGGAUAUGUGAGUAGCAUGUGAUAGAAACUGUACUUGGUGUUGAAGGAAUUUGUGAGCUUUCAAUAUAAUGAAGAAACUUUAGAGCAAGAGUUUCCGAAAUGAAAUGCAGGUCUUAUAGGAAGAAAAAUGUCCAGGUCAAAUUUCACCCAAAAGCCAAAAGUAUAAUAAGAUUUUUAUUUGACAUUUUCACCACUGAUUUAAGUAUAUUCUGGAUAUUGUAAUUAUAAUUUUGUUAAUUCAUAUUUUUCAGAAUUAAUCGAUUUUGGUUAUAUUCCUUAUACUCUUUUUACCAUAUUGCAGUAAAAAAAAAAAUAUUUUGUAUUUUAUUUUAUUUUUUACAUUU